AUGUCGAAUUAUUUUGUCGAUGCGCUACCGCCGGCAUUUCCAGACGCGACGAUGAGCAUGUACCCGACGUGGGGUGGCGCCACGAGCGCCGCCGACGACUCGACGUAUUGGCCGGCGGGCGCCGCCGUCGCCGCCGCCGCCACCCAACAGAUCGGCGGCUCGUCGAACGCCUCGUCGGCGUCGAACUCGAGCAACUCGUCGUCGGCGACCACCACAAAUCUCAAGUCCUACGAGCUCUACAAUCAGUCCUAUAUGAACAAUAUGAAGAACAUGCUGGCCGCCCAGUGGAUCGACAAUCCGAAUCCAUUCGCCUACAAUCCGCUUCAGGCGACGUCGGCGAAUUUCGGCGAAUCGCGCGCCACCCUCCCGCUACCGCAACCCGUGUUCCCGUGGAUGAAAAUGGGCGGCACGAAGGGGAAUGAGUCGAAACGCACCCGACAGACGUACUCGAGGAGUCAGACGCUCGAACUUGAGAAGGAGUUUCAUUAUCACAAAUAUUUGACGCGGAAACGCCGCCAGGAGAUUUCCGAGAGCCUUCAUCUCACUGAACGACAGGUGAAAAUUUGGUUCCAAAAUCGUCGAAUGAAGCACAAAAAAGAGGCGAAAGGCGAGCUGGGCAAUGAUUCGGACGCCGAAUCGACACAAGACGAUCAGAACGAGACGAAUUCCUCAUAA